AAAUAUUUUCUUUCUUUUUUUUAUAUUCAAUUAUCUUUCUUUACGACUUAGACUUCAAACCCGGUGAGAGUUACCAUUCUUAAUUCGAGCACGUACUUCCUGUUUACCUGUGAGUGUGUUUCACGCAUCGGUCGAUCAUUGUUCCAAUCAUCCAUUUUCUACUUAUAAUAGAGAUAGCACACACUGCAUGGCUUUGUUGCAGUUAGCUGUACAGAACAACUUUACGAACACUGCAUUAUGCUUGUUAAGGGAAGGGAGACAAGUCAUGGUGAAUGAAAUCGACUGUAAGGGCAACACCCCUCUUCACUACGCUGUGAAACAGAAAAAUUUAACUGUUGUAAAAGCGUUACUUAAUGCAGGGUACGAUGUGAAUGCUCGAAAGCAAUACAAUAACCUCACCCCUUUGCAUAUUGCGGUGACUGUCUAUGACGAUUUUCUGGAUUUCGUGGAGGUCUUCAAAGUUUUUCUUACCGAGAACUGCAGUUUAAACUAUCAAUGUUUUGGGACCAUGGAAACUCCAUUAUACAGAGCCAUUAAUAUGGACAAAACUGAAAUUGCGGAAUUGCUGCUUAUUUCAGGAGCGGAUCCAAACUUGUCGCAUCCCUUUGGCGUCUCGUGUCUACAGAAAGCUGUGCAAAAGAAUAAUACACGAUUGACUCGGAUACUUCUACAUUGUGGAGUGAACCAGGAAAAGGAAGUAAAUGCCAUGAAAAGACUGUCUGCAUUGAUACACGAAAUGAAUGACGUCAUAGAUCUUACUGGCCUCUUCUGGAAAACCCAACCGAAAACUCUCCAAGAAAGCUGUCGUCAUAUCAUAAGGAAAAGUUUAACAGUUUAUGUAUAUGUUGCACUACAAAGACUUCACAUCCCAAAAUACAUUAAAGAUUAUCUUCUCCUGUGCGACAUCAGUGAAUACUAUAAGUUCAUUGAGAAUAUAAACAUAAAACACAAAUCAUAAACACCUCCACAGGUACCUUAUGAGAUUUUAUGCAUAGUUGUGUACAGCUUACGCUCGUUAGGUCACCUCAGGUGACCUAUUGCGAUUGGUUGUCGUCCGUCGUUGUGCAUUAAGAAUUGAACAAUUUUAACUUCUUCUUGAUAACUACCAUUCCAAUUCUUUUCGAAUUUGUUAUGAAGCAUCUUUAGGACAAGGGGGACAUAAAUUGUUAAUUUCAGGACUCCUACACCUCCCGGGACUUAAGGGGCGGGGCAAAAACUGCCAAACAUUGACCAAUUUUAAAAAUGUUCUUCUCUACACCUGCAUACAUGUAUCUUUUAAGAAAAACUAAAUGCAUAGUGAUAUAAAACAGGAAGUAGUGAUAUAGAACAGGAAGUAGUGAUAUAGAACAAGAAGGCCUCUACCAAGACUGUAAAGUUUCCCCUGGGUAGAGGUUCUGACUCCAGGGCAGGGCCAAACUUGGCAUAUUUAGUAUAUAUGUUGAAAACAUAAAUGAUAUCUGAUUUAAUGAUAUUGAUACUAAAUUUAAACUAAAUGGAUAUUUAGAAGGAGUGGGUAGUCCUUUACCAAAAUUGUGAGUUUCAUGAUCCUUAUGGGUAAGGGUUUGGUUUUAGGAUGGUGUUAAAAUUAUCAUGAUGAUUUGAAGGACUUCUUUAAGGUUGCUGAUACUGUAUAAAAUCUAAAUGCAUAUAAGGAAUAACAGAAAAGGAUGUACAAAAAAUGAUGAAUUUCGCUAUCCAAGGUUUUUGACUCUAGGAUGGGUCCAAACUAAUCAUGUCGUUUUGUGUUAAUACAUAUAUUAUGAAUGUUUGAGGGCAUUGAAGUUUUAACAACACAUCUUGUUUUAUACUGUUGCUGAAUAUUAGAAUUUAGCUUAGAUAUUCAGAACAGGAAUUUAGCCAUUGGGAGUAGUGAUUCCAUGACCCCCGGAGGUAGGUUGGGGCCACAAUAAGGGAUCAAAGUUUUACAUGCGAAUAUAUAGGGAGAAUCUUUAAAAAUCUUCUCAAGAACCACUGGGCCAGAAAAGUGGGGUUUUUUUGUGUUUUUUUUUUUAACGUUUGCAUGAAAGCUUCCUGACAUAGUGCAUAUUCAAGUUUGUUAAAAUCAUGCCCCUACCCCCUCACAAUAGGGGGUCAAAGUUUUACAUACAAUAUAUAGAGAAAGCUUUUAAAAAUCUUUUCACAAGAACCAUUGGGCUAGAGAAGUUCACAUUUUUAUGAAAGUUUUCUGACAUAGUGCCUAUUAAGUUUGUUAAUAUCACGGACCCCUUGGGUAGGGUGGGGCCACAAUAGGGGAUCAAAGAUUUACAUACAAAUAUAUAGAGAAAAUCUUUAAAAAUCUUCUUCUCAAGAACCACCGGGCCAGAAAAGUUUACAUUUACAUGAAAACUUCCUGACAUAGUGCUGCAGAUUCAAAUUUGUAAAAAUCAAGGCCCCUGGGGUAGGAUGGGGCCAUAAAGGGGAUCAAAGUUGUUAUACAUUCGAAUAUAUAUAGUAACAUGUAGGGGCAAUCUGUAAAUAUGGACCAAGAUGACUCAGGUGAGCAAUGUGGCCCAUAGGCCUCUUGUUAAACUUGAUUAAGACAGCUGCAUGAGAAUUUCAUGGAAAAUGUAGGAUUCCAAUUUUGUGUUUUUAACUUAUUUUGUAUGUGCUGUAGUUUGUCAUUGUUUUUUCUGUAUGAAACGUAAUCUAUAUGUGCUGUGUUGGAAGAACAUGCAUAUAAGGAUACGUGAUAAUACUGCUUUGUUUGUUUGUCACACUUAAGAACUUUGUAAGGUACUGCAACAACUAUGAUACAUGUAUUUAGCAUUACUAUUCCAAGUGCAUGUGGAUCAUUUGAUAUAUAUACCAGGAUCUAUUACGUAAUGGAAGGCGAAACAUGCGUUCCUAGAAACGCCGAAUGGCUGUUUUUCCAAGUGCGAAUUGUUGAAAUUGUUUGCAAAAUAAAUUUAUUAUGAACAAUA